CCAGGAUACUUUCCAUUCAGAUGUGCAAGCACAGAGAGGUACCCCUCGUUAGCAACGCUGUGCUUCUCUUCCUCAGGCUGCCCCUUGCUCCAAAAGCCAGUACUUAAGGUGGGAGUUUUUAAUGGAAAGGAAUAUGAGCUUUACACUCUUGGCUAGCCACCUGGGGAGAAGGUGGUAGGUGGACUCUUGUCCAAAGGCCAACUCCAAGGUGUCUGCUUGGCCCAGAGAUUUUUAAAGGGGUUAGGGCAGUGAAUUCAUUAAGGGCGUGCUGUGGUCUGUAACAGCUACGGAUGUUAUCAUGGUGCUCAGAAGUUGUGCAAGAGAUCUGGUUCCUUGGUGCCCAGUAGGUGGUGCAGGAGAGUUCAGUGAGGUGCAGAAAAUACUCUGCUCCUUCUCUCCAGAACGCCUGAUCUUUGGAAAUGGCAAGAAAGGUUUAGUUAAUCAAUCACGUGGGCUUAAAGACUACUAGGCUGCCCAGGGGGACAAGGCAGCUUCCAGCUCAGGCAGAUUUCGGAGCAGCAAAUCAGCCCUUCCAGAACACUGCAGGACAGCUGGGCAGCCCAAAGCCUCCCACCAUGAGUGAAAUCACCAAACAUUCCCUGGAGAAUAGCUUACUUCAACUGAAAUGCCAUUUUACCUGGAAUUUAUAUGAUGAAGAAAGUUCCUUAGAUGACUUGGAGAACAGAGUGCGUGACCAGGUACAGUUUCUAAACAAAGAAUUCAAAGCAAUCAUGUACAAUCUGUUUGCCUAUGUUAAACACCUCCAAGGCCAGAACAAGGCAGCUCUGGAAUAUUUACAGCAAGCAGAAGAGUUUAUCCUGCACACACAGGCCCGCCAAGGCAAAAUCCGAAGUCUGGUCACCUGGGGAAACUAUGCCUGGGUCUAUUAUCACAUGGGCAGGCUUCCAGAAGCACAGGCUUACAUUGACAAGGUAGGACAUCUUUGCAAGAAGUUUGCGAGCUCCUACAGAAUUGAAUGUCCCGAGAUUGACUGUGAAAAAGGAUGGGCCCUUUUAAAAUGGGGAGAAAAGUAUUAUGAACGGGCAAAGGUGUGUUUUGAGAAGGCUUUGCAAAAGAAACCCACCAAUCCGGAAUUCUCCCUGGGACUGGCCAUCACACUCUACCGUCUGGGUGACAAAGCACCAACAGAGAACACCGUUCACCUUCUGAGGCAGGCCAUCCUGCUGAAUCCUGACAACCAGUAUGUUCAUGUUCUCCUGGCUUUGACUCUCCAGAAGACCCAGAAACAAGCUGAAGGAGAUAAGCUAGUCGAAGAGGCCUUGAAGAAAAUGCCAUGCCCCACGGAUGUACUCUGCAGUGCGGCCAAGUAUUAUCGAAAUAAAGGUACUCUAGACAUGGCUAUUGAAUUACUUAAAAAGGCUUUAGAAUCAGUACCGAACAAUGUCUUUCAACAUCUGCAGAUUGGAUGCUGCUACAGAGCCAAAAUCAGGCAGAUACAGAGGUCACGGGGGUACACCACGAAGGAGAAGGAAGCAGAGCUGUGGGAAAUGACGAGACACGCACUGAAUCACUUUAAGAGGGUUGUCGAGUUGAAUGUUAACCUUCCCCGUGCCUGCUCUGACCUUGCCUGCCUCUAUGCCAUCACUGGCCAGUAUGACAAGGCAGAGUAUUACUUCCAGAAAGAAUUCAGUAAGGAUCUGCCUCCUGCCGAGAGACAAGUGCUCCACCUGCGCUAUGGAAACUUCCAGCAGUACCAGCGACUGCGGGAUGACACCGCCAUCCACCACUACCUGCAGGGUUUGAACAUCAACGGGACAGUGACCGAGAAGGAAAAGCUGAUUGUCAACCUAAGAAAAAUUGCCCACAAACGACUCUCUAAAAAUGCCUCUGAUGCCAUGGGUUGGCAACUCUCCAGAUUCAUUCGUGAGCUGAAUAGAAAGGGGCACCCAUGGGACAGUGUGCCAUCAGAGGCCAGCAGGGUUGUCCCCCCUGCCCUGCGGGCUGAGAAGGGCAGUGAGGAAAAGACCGCAGAAGCAGGUGAGACCCACCACCCAGAGAAGCAGAAGGCCCUAGAGAGAGCCUGUAACCAGUCCCGAGGGUUUCAUAUAGAGAAGAGCCAGAGAGAGAGCAAGAGAGAGGUGUAGGAGGCCUGGCGAGGUGGUCACGAAGGGGAGGGAAACAGGGACACAGAAAGACUGAGAAGCCACAACUGGCAGGAGCUGGGCCAGGUGGCUGGGCUGCUCAUGUCGUUGUCUCUUUUUCUGGGUUCCCCAAAAUUCUCUCAGCCAGACCUGGAAAUGCAGAAUCAUUUUUCCUCUGUCCUACAGAUAUUUUGAGCAAAAUCUCCUCUGAGGGCAAGCACUUGCUUUGGGACCGUGGGACUCUGUACCACCCAGCUCUCACCCCACGCCUUGCCCUCGGCCUGGGACACAGCAGGUACUCAACACCACUGAUGGGAACAAGGGAAGACAGCAGCACUGGGGCCUGGUCCUCCUUCCUUGCUCCUGACACUCACAAAUGAAUUCCAUACAUACCAAAGAUUUAAAUGUUUCAGAAACAGAAAUCACAUUUCUAGAGGAAUUCUUGAGAGGGUUUUUCAGGUCACACAGUCUGGAAGCUGUAAGUGUGAAACAAAACACAAAAGGGCAAAAGUAUUAGGGAAUUCAAUCACACUAUGAAACACGUUUCAUAGAAGAGGGACCUCUGAAAAGUCAACCACACUAUGAAUUCAACCACACUAUGAAUUCUGGAAUUCAGCCACACUGUGAAACACAUUUCAUAGAAGAGGGCCCUCUGGAAAGUCAAAAGAUCAAUGACAGACUUAAAAAUACUGUUUCAGUAUGUUACCAGAUAACGGAUUAACUUCCUUAAUGCUGAAACAGUUCCUCUGGACAAAUGGGCAAAGGUCAGGAAAUCAAAAUGGCUUAAAAAGGGGAUUGACAUUGAUUCUCAAUGUCACUCUUAUUAAGAGAAAGCAAACCAACACUAUUAAGAGAGGUCAUCUCAGGUCAACCAAAGAAACACCUUUUGGAAAAAGGUACUAAAUAAGGAUGUGGGUGAAUAGGCUCCAUCACACAUCGCCGUUGAGAUUAUAAAUCCUGUAGAUGGAGGGCAUUUGUUGAUGGCAGGUAAACAUUCAUGAAUCUUUGUCCCAGCAAUUCCACUCAUUAAUCUAUCUUGUAUUUGCAUAUGCAUGCAAAGACAUGUAUAAAGAUACUCAUGAAGUUUUGCUUAUAGUAACAAAGGACUGACAACAACUCAAAUGUCCAUCACUAGGGGACUCAUUAACUCAAUUUUCAUAUUUCAUGCUGAGAACAGCAUGCAGCUAAUAUAAAAAAAAGGCCAUUCUAACUAUAAAAAUAUAGAACACUAUCUCUGAGAUAUAUUUUAAAAAUUUUUUAAGUGCAGAAGAGUGUAUAUGACAUGCUAACAUUGUUCAAAGGAAGGAAGGAAGGGUAGGAGGAGGAAAAAAAGCCUAUCACAUUAUUUGCAGAAUAUUUGUGAAAAGGACAUAGCUCCUCUAGGGUAGUCUCCAGAGAAGAAAUGGGUUGUCUGGGAGUCUAUAUGGAAGGAAGACUUAUAUAUUUCAACUGUAUAGAAUUUUUAAUUUUUAAUUUGAUACCCAGAGCAUAUAUCACAUUGUCAAAUAAAGUAUGCAACAAGACAAAUUCAAAACAAAAGAUGGUGACGCAAGAGUGCUGUGCCCACCCCACUGGUGUCCAUUCUGCAACUGGUUCUUGCUGGGUCCAACCCACACUAAUAAACAUUUGAAAAUCUCUGCACCUAAUCAACAAGUCUCUAGAUUCCAGGUC